UUUCUUAACUCUGGCCCACUGUGUAAACCCUGAGCCGACAGAAACCAGUAAGAUGACGGACUAUGAAACUUCAACGGCUUUCCUCGGAGAGUGGGGAUGUUUCCAGCAGCAGGUGUUUUUCCUCCUUUCUUUGACCGUCAUCCCUAACGGUUUGACUGCCCUUUCCACGGUGUUCCUAGCCGACACGCCGUCCCACCACUGCCUCAUACCCGCGCAUCUCAACCUCACCCCCGAGUGGAGGAACAGCAGCAUCCCGCUGGAGCAAGAGAGCAGCCAAGGUGACGCGUUGGUGCGCAGCAGGUGUUCCAGAUACAAACUUGUUGAUAUCCUGAGUUUCUCUGAAAAAGGCUUGCUGCCCGUCGUUGAUGUGAAUCUGUCUACUGUGCCGAAAGAAAGCUGCUUGGACGGAUGGGAGUAUGACCAGAGCAUCUACAUUUCUACUAUCAUAUCGGAGUGGGACCUGGUUUGUGAUGAAAGCUGGAAGAAACCUCUGACUUCUUCUUUCUUCUUCUGUGGAGUUCUCACCGGUUCCUUCAUUUCAGGACAGCUUUCUGACAGGUAUGGGAGAAAAAUAGUUCUGUUUGCUACUCAGGCAAUUCAGACGGUAUUCACAUUGAUCCAGGUCUUCUCUCCAUCUUGGACGGCGUUCUGCGCCCUGUUCUUUGUCGUUGGGGUGGGCCACAUUUCCAACUAUGUGGCUGCGUUUGUGUUAGGAGCGGAGAUAUUAAGCCCAUUUGUGCGGACUGUUUAUACCACGGCGGGUGUGAAUCUGUUCUUUGCUGCGGGCUACAUGCUUUUGCCGUUCUUUGGUUUCUUUAUCAGGGACUGGAGGAUGCUCCUCCUAGGCCUUUCACUGCCUGGCUUCUUCUUUGUGCCUCUCUGGUGGUUUAUCCCAGAGUCUCCCCGGUGGCUACUCUCUCAGGGAAGGAUAGAAGAAGCUGAGGCCAUAAUCAGAGACGCUGCUAAGAAGAACAAGGUUGAGCCUCCAUCAGUCAUCUUUAGUCCCUUGCAGGAACAACUUAAGCCUGAGAAGAGAAGGGCCCACAACAUCUGUGACCUGCUUCGUUCUCGAAACAUCCGCUGGAUCUCUGUCACGCUGUGGCUGAUCUGGAACACCUUGACCAUUGCCUAUUUUGCUGUUUCCCUGAACACGGCAAACCUUCAUGGGAAUGUGCACUUCAACUGUUUCCUGUCAGCUCUGGUGGAGGUACCAGCCUACAUUUUGUCAUGGACUAUGUUUCGCUGGUGUUCCAGACGGCUGACUCUGUCCUCAUCAUUGUCCAUGGGAGGGUUGUUUCUGCUACUCAUUCAGCUUAUUCCAACACAUCUGUUCUCUAUGGCGAUAGCGCUGGAGAUGAUAGGGAAGUUUGCAGUGACGAUAGCGUAUUCUUUGGUCUACGCCUUCACAGCUGAGAUCUACCCAACUGUGCUGAGAAAUACAGCUCUCGGUGCCUGUUCUAUGGCCUCCAGAAUAGGAAGCAUUACUGCUCCGUUCUUCAUUUACUUAAGAAGCUAUUCCGUUUCACUGCCUUACAUCCUUAUGGGAAGCCUUACAGCCUUAGCAGGGUUGCUGAGUCUCCUGCUGCCUGAGAGCUUUGGAAUGCCUUUGCCUGAGACCAUUGAUCACAUGCAGCACUUUCCCGGAUGCUGUCAGAGAAAGCCUUACACUCUCACACACAUGAGAGAAGAGGAAAAUGCUCCUGAAUGAAAGACUACAUAAACAAGGAGAAAAGUGAAAAUCUGACUUUAUUCGAAUCACUGGAUGAGCAGAGAUUGUGUACUCAUUUCCACUAAGUGACCUCUUUAUGGUCAUAGGUAAAAUUAUUGCUGUGUUGUCACUGGAUGUAUAAAAUUAUAUCAGUUCAAGGGGACCAGAGAGGUAAUUUCCUUACAAAACUGGAAAAUAUUUUUUCAUUUUAUAGCAAAAAAAUAUUAUAAAAGGAAGCUUAUACUCACCACCAAUUUGACAACAUUAGGAUGUACAGUAGGAAACUUGAAAGAGUAACUUGCAGAAAGUUUGUAGAAAUUCAGUACUUUGCUUAGAAUAUAGUGGGAAUACAUAAUGCAUUUUAAUGGAAGGUUUAUUCAUUAAUUGCUUACCAUGAACCAUGAUCUGACCAUGAUCUGCCACUCUGAAUGACAUCAUACAUGAGUAUGCUAUAAAAUACUCAGAUACCAAAGUAAUUCUGAUUGUGAUGAUAAGACACCAGGAAGUAGAUCGGCUAGUAGUAGAUUGAUAGUAGAAAAUAGUAGAUCAGCUCAAGGCCACAACUUAAGGGGGACUUAUAAAAACAAACACACAAACUAGUAACCAUUAUAAUGUAAUAAAAAUAAUGUUUUCUUUGGAUUCAGCUGUUAAUCAGAUGCAACCAAUUACAUGGUGCUGCACGUCAGAAGAAGUUCUAUAGGCUAACUAAUUACUCAGUCACACUAGAGCAGGGGUGUCGAACUUCAGGCCUCAAGGGCUGGU